UUUUUUUGGUUAAGAUAACACAUGGAUGACAAGCAAAUUAUCUUAUAUUUCUUCGUGGCAAUUUGUCUUUGGGGACAACGAAAGGUAUCUGGUAAGUUUACAGCCAAAAUAUAUCGAUGUUUUGCAUGUUUACCCCGUGAAGCAUAGUUAGACAUCAUGCAAGUCAAACAGCGACGUAUUUAUUUUCAUCCAAUUUGCCAUGAAUAUUUUUUAGAAAGCCAUAAACCUUCCAUUUUCCCCGUGCACCCAUAUCAUCUCUACCGACUUCUUUCCGGACCGUGAUCAAGUUUGUGUGGUAUAGCUCUUCAGUUGAAACGCAUUUUUGGUCGCAUCACAAUGGCCGAAGAAUAACUUCUAUUUUUCACGCAUUGCGGAAAUGAGACCUCAGGCAAUGCUGUAACUUGAUUUGUGCUUAAAAAUUAAAGAAAAGCACAUCUUGGAAAGAAGGACCAAGGGACCACUAAGAAAUGUGUCCUGGAAAGAAAAACAGCCACCUGUAUUAAACGCAGGGAUGGUACACGGCUGACACGAAAAUAGUAGACGGUUAACACAAGCUUUUAAAUGGAUUCCAUGUCCCUUUAAAAAGAUAACGAUAAGCGUGGAACAGUCGAGCAAAGCAAAACUUUAACGGUUAAGAAAUUUUUUAACGAAAAGCGGAGAGCGUUAACGAAUGGCUGAACAAGAUCCAAAAACACUCGUCUCAAAAGCCCGGUUAGAAGGUAAACGCUAACAGAGAAGCAUAAAAUCAAAUUUGUUUCCAAUUAUGAAUUAUACAGAGGUUUCAUGAAAAACAUACAGACUAUAUUUACAUGGGAAAACUUGAAUUACUAGGCAAUACAGUAAACACCCGCGUAUAAGAACCUUGUGGAUUAAGAACAUCCUGGCAGAGAUUUGGCAUUUUACGGUGACUUUACUUGACCUGUGAAACAGAGAAUAAUAACUAGUGCAAAAUAGCUACAAGUAAACAAAAGAAGUGAAUGGAAUUAGUGCAUAAUAGCGCGUAGUAUUCUACUACCUAUAAUGACUCUUAUACCAAUUAAAAAUGCAAGUUUUGUAAUGUACAAUUGUGAAUAUAUACUGUACAUUUAAGGACGAAACUCAAGUUUCUUUGUUUUUCUUGUAGUCAACAACUAUAUCUCUUUCGCAGAAAUUAAGAAACUACUUAAGAACCUACGUAGCCUAAAUUGCCAAUAAGUACCCCAAAAUACAAAUCCUAGUUUGCCAGACUUUAGAAAAGUAGGUUCUUAUACGCGGGUGUAAUACUGUAUGUUUCAACAUUCGUGUGAACAAGAUGUUAUUGGUCUAGCUCAUGGAUGGAUUCUAGGCAACCAGUAAUUUCAAUGUUUUAUCCUUUUUUGUUUAGCAUCAUGUGAACAGGUUGAUGUAGGGGUGAGCUGGUACAUUCUCGACAAUCAGUUAAAGGCUUCUUCUGAACUGAAUGCCAACACACCAGCAAAGAAUGGCCGACUGAAGUUCGUAGCAGGAUCAUCAUGGUGUGCGUCCACAAGUGACAGCAGUCCAUAUCUACAGAUUGACUUACGGAUUCCCAUAUCAUCUGUGCUGUAUCCACUCAGGGGAAUUCCCAGGGGAGUCAGUGGGUGAAGUCUUACACCCUACAGUCAUCUACAGAUGGGACAACUUGGACAGAUUAUGAAGAAAAUGGACAAGUUAAGGUAGUUGAAGUUAAACGGUGCAUAUAUUAAUGGCCUGGUCCAUCACUUUAAAAGGGAAAAAUGCUUUUUUGUGAGCUUAGCGUUUUUGCAAAAAAAAAGACGAUCUCUUCUUACCACCCUACUUAGGAUAAGCCUGUGGUCUUGCUGCAAACACAGUUCUGAUUGACAGUGGAAUUAUGUUGACUGGACCUUUCUUGCUUGCCAGUUUUACCAAUGGUAAUCAUCCUAAGAUAUAGCUGUAUGUAGUUGAAGUAAAAGGGUGCAUUUACAUUAAUGGCCUGGCCCAUCAUUCUAAAAAGAAAAAAUGCUUUUGUAGAGAGUUUUUUCAAAUAGAAAAAAAAAUCUAUAGAAGACGCUAGGGCAAGAAAGAAAGGUUUUCAUUGCUUACCCUGCCACCCUGAAGUACCUCGACGAGAUUACUAUUUAGAAAAUACUACAAGACGAAGAAUUCAAGAAGAUGAAAAGCGAAAUGGACAAAAUAUAUACAGUUUAAUCUCCAUGUGAGACCACCUCUCGUAAGCGACCAUCUCCCACGCCAUAAGCGACUCCCCAUCCUAAACACCAAAACUUUCCUCGUCAAAGCCCUAUACAGUUGCAACUUCUAGAAAACGACCACCUCCUUAAAGCGACCGCGUCCACUCUCUGGGCCUGAAAGUUUAAAGAUUUUCUAUUAUGUUUAACCUCUUUUAUUAUAUAGACAAGAGUGUUUUACUGGAAAAUACACCACUCGUAAAAUUCAUAAAAACUACAUCCGGGACCCGAGUGGUUUAUUUUCCAUAAUCUCACACGUGAGUUUAUCGAUGACGUAAUUUCGGUCAUUUCCCUCUACUAUUUUAUCGAUGUCUUUUUGUCUAUAUAAUAAAAAGAACAUUACAUGGCGGCUUGAAGAUAUGAAUUUUAUUUUCUCGUGGCAAAAACAAUAUUUUACUCACUCGCUGCGCUCGUUCGUAAAAUAUUGUUUUGCCACUCGAAAAUAAAAUUCAUAUCUUCGCGCAACCGUGUAAUAUCCUGUAUGUAAGCGACCACUUGACGUAUUCUCUGUGGGUAAAAGGGGCCUUUGACUGAAAGUUUAUUCCCACGCGAGGUUUAUCGAACUCCGCACAGCAGAACUCUGACUCUCCGUCUAGGGGGUAAUUUUUGCAUAAUUUGCUUAAUUAAAAUUCCAAGAAUUUUUAAAGUUAGAGUUGAUUCUGCACACCUACAAUAGCUGACAACAGCUAAAACCAGGAAGGUUUUACAAAAUAGAUGUUUUUGUUUCUGUUGUUGUUGUUUUCUACUUUUAUUGCUUUAUGUAAAUUUUUCCGUGUACAAAGGCCGUAUGCUUUGCCAGUUCUACUCGAUUGAUGAAUGCGGAUCGUAAUCAAUGAUUACCUCUACUUAUUAGGGACUUUAAGAUCCGACGACGCGACGGCGACAAGAACGUCGCUUAAAAAGUUAAUUAGCGUUCUUUCAGUCUUAUAAGGGCUUAAUGGGAACGUGCGGCCAGCUAGGGUAUGUUUUUCGGGAUUUUUGUCUUAAACAGGGUAUCGAAUUUAUCAUUUUUUGUCUUAAUCAGGGUAUCGAUUUAUCAAUUUUUGUCUUAAACAGGAUAAAUGUCUUAAACAGGGUAUCAAAAAUCGGAAUUCUGUCUUAAACAGGGUAGGAAAAUCAGCGAUAUUUGUCUUAAACAGGGUCAGGGUAUGAGGGGCCGCGCCGCACCUCCCCACCCAUGGAUAUAUCGAGUACCCCCCGGGGACCACUAGGGGUUGUGAGCUUCGUAGAGGGUAAAGUAAUAUAUAUCAAGAUUUCAUCUGGUUUCCUUAGUAAUCCUGACACCGUCUGCUUUCGUAAAGUGUUAAAGCAACCCUAGCCUUGAGUCGUAAAUUGGUUACCCUUCUAUUGUUCAGUGGAACUUUAAUACUACUAUUACAGGUGUUUUUAGGAAGGGCAAGAUGAAAGAAUAGAGGUGGGGAUGAUGUGGGGCAUGGGGAAAGCGGGGGAGGGUUGGGGUACUUCAACUCCCAGAGCUAAACCCAUUUUUUGCUGCAAGGUUACCUUCGUCGCACUUAUAUAUAUUGAGGUGGAAGAAUGACAAGCGUGAAAAGGAGCAAAGUUUGUUAUCUAAGGCAGAAAUGCCAUGCCGGGUGAAGCUAAUUGAAUCCAGAAGCGGGGAGUGGGGAGUGAGAGGUUGAUACCCCAUUGGGUUCACAGGAAAGUCACUAAGAGCCAGCCAGGAAUUUCCUAGCUAUGUCCUACUACCAGUAUGACCCCUGGCUACUUUCAUAUGAAACAAAAGGAAAGCAAACUCAACCAAUAGAAUUUCCUAGCUUUUUCAAAUCCUUACCUAUAAUUUGCGUAUAUCUUGCAACUUAGUGACAGCCCUGGGUUUAAUAAACUGAACGCUAUCUUUAUUUAAGAAUUACCUCCAAAAUGAUAAGCUUUUUUGUUUUUUUGUUUUUGAUUUGUUACCCAGACAUUCAAUGGAAACUUCGAUCAGAACACAGUAGAAAAACGGAUCUUGUUCAGUGCAUUUGUUGCCAGAUACUUGCGUUUUGUUGUUGGGUCUUCACAAGGUGGAGCAUGUUUACGAGUAGAAGUUUCUGGCAUACCUAGAAGCAGAG